GAGAUGUUGGUUUUCUGGAUCCUAUAAGCUGAAAGUGAAUAACAUGAAACUGACAUAAUGCAAUAUGUUUGUUUUGUAUUAGCAUUCAACCCAACUUGUAAUUAAUGGACUCAAUUGGAAGAUCAAGCGAGGAGGAAUCACCAUUAAUUUAUGGGUUAGAGCAUCAAGCUCGAGCUCUGUGUUCUCAAACAAUCUCAACUAUUGGUGCUGAUGUUACGUUCGUCAGAUUUCUGGUUGGAACUCAAUCACUUCAAACUUCAAAUCAAGUUCAUCUGCUUGAAUAUUCUGAAGAAACAAACAAUCUUUCUAAAGCUUUUUUCAAACAUGAUGGCGGUGAAAUAUGGUCUAUCAAUUGUUGUCCAAAGAAUCCUAGAUUAAUAACAACAUGUUAUUCCCCUACCUCUUCUUCAAGAACUCGUGACUGUUUGUGUUCAUUAUACGAAUUGCCUAGUGAUAUAGUUGACAGUCUAGCUGACAAAGAUUACAGUACACCACCAUCAUUGAAUAAAUUGUGUGACUUCAAAUCAAAUUCAAAUGUUGGCCGAACCUCGAUCUGGCAGCCUGAAGAUGGCAACCAAUUGAUGACGUUUGAAGAUAGGAAAAUAAUAUUAUGGGAUAUUGAAACCAAACAAUCAACUUGGUCCACUGCAAUAGAUCCAACAUCAUCUACAACAAAAGCAUCCAAUAAGUUAACCAAAAUCACGACAAUAAGAUGGAGUCCUCAUUCCAAUUGUUCAAUUAUAGCAGCGGCUUUGGGAAACAAUGUUUAUGCUCGUGACAUUCGGUGUAAAUCGUCUUCAUUUGCUUUUUAUUUAAAUGCUCAUAGUCAACAAGUCCGUGAUGUAGAUUUCAAUCCAAAUGCCCAAUACUAUAUGGCGACAUGUGGUGAUGAUUGUGAAUAUAAAUUUUGGGAUGUUCGUAAUCCUACUACACCAGCAAUUACCAUGUUAAAUCAUUCACAUUGGGUUUGGUCGAUUAGAUAUAAUCAAUUCCAUGAUCAAUUAGUUUUGACCUGUAGUAGUGAUUCUCGCGUUAAUUUAACUCGCAUAAACAGUUUAGCUUCACAACCUUUUGGACAACUGGUUGAUCCUGAUGAAAGUGAUCUAAGUGAAGUUGGUGAUCAAAGUGUUAUUUCUAAUAAUACAACUUCAAAUACUGGUCAAAAUAAAUUAGAAGAUGAACUUAUAUGUUCAUUUGAAGAGCAUGAAGAUAGUGUUUAUGCCGCUGAAUGGUCUGCUUCCGAUCCAUGGAUAUUUGCUUCACUUAGUUACGAUGGUAGAUUGGUGAUCAACAAAGUACCCAAGAAGGAAAAAUUUAGUUUACUUUUCUAAGUUAUAAACAUAAAUCACAAAUAAUUAUAAAUUAUUUUUUGAUUAAACAUCAAGUAUUGAUGAUUCGGAAUGUGAUAAAAUACUUGAAUACUUUAAAUACUAUAAAUGAAAAGUUAAUUAGUGCAAGUAGCCAUUUAUCUGAUCUUUUUUAUUCGGUAUGAUCAAUUGCAGAGAGACAUUGAGAGUCAGCUAAGCCGACGCCAUUAUUUUAUACAUUUGCUGAAAACUAUUUGUAAAGUUUAUUAAAAAAACUCACCAAUUCU